AUGAUGAUCAUCUUGUGCCCGGGGGGGUUCUGUGGAAUGUCUCCCAAGGCUGGGGCCACUGUAGCUGCUGUUUACAUGAUCCUAGUGACCAACAUGUACCUGAUCUUCGAGGUUGGCCACUUGGAACGAGCAAUGAUGGACAUGGCACAAAUCAAGCCCUUCAACUUGACCAAUGUGGGGAAGAUGCUACCGUAUUGCUACUAUACAACCAUCACGCUGGCCGUCAUGACCUACCCGGUGUGUGUCUUCCUCAUCUACUCAGUCCACAAGCGGCUCUACAUGGGCAUGUUCGCCUAUGUCACAUGGAUCAUCUUCUAUGAUCUGGCUAACUGUCUCGUCGUGGCCCUGGCUUACCAGGUCUCCAAAGAAGCCUGGUUUUCCCUCAGCCCCCUAGAGUGGUUUGGGCUGGCCACCAGGAUCCCCAUGGAUUGCUUCUGGCUCACCUUCGUUGUCACGUAUGCCCUGAUGACUAUUGAAAGCAAAAGGCAAGGAAGGAUGUCGCUCGGGGCAAGGCGGAUCGUGUCAGAACCGCCCAGGUUUAGGUUGGGCUCCACUGCUAGGAAAAGCGUGUGA